UUUCAACGGACAUCAAUUAUUUUGCAGCUUCGAGCGUGCCUUGAGAUUCGAAGGAUGAUUAUUCAUUCAACGGAAGAAGCAAGGAAACCUACACCACACGUUCAAUCCCGACUACUAACGAAGCGAACUAGAUUCUUGGUUCUAGCCUCCCCCUCGAUGUGAGAUAUAGGUUUAUGGUAGAACACUAAACUCAUGAUAUGCAACAAUUGCCUGCAACGAUUACCCCAAGAGCCAAAGGAAAACAACUUGAACGUUCGCUGGGACUCCACCUAGGGUUCUUCGAUCAACCGCCACAUCCUUCUAGCACUGCAAAGGGUCGCCCUAUACGACUUGGACCUGGACCUUCAUCAGGCUCUGUUCACCAGCAGGCCUCCACAAGAUUCAAGAACCACCGAUCGGGAACGGCGCAUGCUACCUCUUCCAAAAUUAUAGAAACGGAUUCGUCAUCCAAGUCGAAGUCCAAUGUAAGGGAAGCUCAGCAGACGUCCUCAAGAUCUGCCAGUCGGGAAUUGGCGUAUUCUACCUCUUGGCAACUUUUGGACCCGCAUUCGUCACCCUCAAUCCCACAGGGCGGUGUCGACUCCAUACAUUGUCGAGGUUUAGCGACCGGACAAGCUCACAGGGCACGUUCAGCGUAUUCGUUCUCAAUGACGUGUCUCAGGAAAUUCCCAGAGGACUGUAGUUUCACGUUCAUGUCGGACAACAACUUCUAAUGGUACCAGGUCAAAUCCCCAUUCACAGUCGGCGUCGACUCAGGAAGGCUCGCCUCAGGC